AUGGCCAAGACGUCGGCGAUGCGGCGAGGAGAUGGGAUACACAAUGUGGGGAACGGUGACGGAAAGCAGGCUCCGAGCCAACGCACGGUCUUAGCUUGCACAAGUGGACGACGAGAAGUGUGCAGCGUGAAGCAGCGGUAUCAUGGAGGAGAGGCACAGGACGGAGGAGGAGGAGAAGCCGUGUCGAUGGAGGAGCAAAAGAAGAGAGAUCACGAGUAUCGAUGCGACGGUCAGCGAGAUAUGAAUGUGGCACGAAGCCAAGAUGGGCCGCAGGACGAAGAGUGCCAGCAGCCCAAACGACGUGCAAAGGGGCUGAGAGCAGGAGAAACAACCAAAAAGCCAAAAUCGGCAAAAAUCACAAUGCGGCUGCGUGUCUCAAAAGCCAAAAGAAAAAGGUAG